AUGGUAGACCCGAUGCAUAAUAAUGACAAGUACCUCAUGGAAUUGUCUGAUCAGUUGCUUGUAGGUGCUAGAAUCCGUUUUUCAAAAAACGGAUGGCUUCUGUUGUCUAGAGGUAAGAAAAUUAUAUUCUUUUAUGAUCCCUUUACAAGAGAAACCAUUCGUCUUCCAGAUUUACCGUAUGGCUAUACACUUGGUGGAAUAUCCUUCUCGUCUUUACCGACUUCUCCGGAUUAUAGUAGCAAUUGCUUCACCUUGCUCCUCGUCAUUGCCAUCUCCAAUUGGAAUCCAGGAAAUGGUGAAGAAUCUUAUAUUAAUUUCUUGGUCACUGGACCAGGAAAGAGUGCAACUGGUUGGACUACUCGUCAAUUCAUGUAUGAAUCGACAAGCGAAUCCAGAUGUGAAUCUACAGGCGAUUAUUUGCACGAAUUUAUGCCAUGUAUUAACAAUCCAGUUUACCAUAAAGGUGAUUUCUACUGCUUAGACUAUAACGGAUUGUUAGGGGUCUUCAGUGUGACGGGCUAUUUCAGUUGGAAAGUACUUUCGAAGUCGUUGAAACAAUUCAGUGGUUUUUAUCCAAGUUAUUUGGUGGAGUGUGAUGAUAAGCUAUUACUAGUGAAUGUUGGCCAGAGUGGAAAUUCGGUAAAUAUUUGUAGAUUGGAUGAUUCGGAGAUGGCUUGGAACCAAAAGUCCAAUUCUGGUUCUGCUUUCAACUCCUUAUCAAAAAUUCUUCUAAAGGGUGGUGAUACUCAGUGUACGAACAAAGUACUCCUUUCUGUUGGAAAUUUGACGCAGUCAAGAGACUCUAUCUCUAUCUGUCAAGCACAGUUAUAA